GGGCGCCGAUGAUUUGAAAAAAGCGGUAUGCUCUCCCCUCUUGUUCGUUGAGGGCUAGGGGGUUGAGCGGGCUGGGAUUUCGGGUAAUAGGCACUUCGUGGUGUUUUGGGGCUGUCACAUCAAGCGUGUCGCUGUGGCUGUGGAACGAACGAUGACAUUCGAAUCCAGCAUGGACACAGUUUGUGCAGCUAGGCAACUUCUCGUCGCAUUUGACCCUUCGUUCUGGAAUACAGAGGUUAGAGCUCCAAUCCCCCGGAAUUGUAAGAGAUGCUCAUCGACUGAAUCCUGCAAGCUUGUGAGCACCUAGACUGACUCAUUUGCGUUGGCCACGCUUCACUUUCAUCAUCGCAGCGCCUUUGUCGUGAGAUCACAGAGUCCUUUCAGAUGGCGACAUAAACGGAGGCAUCGGGUGACAACUAUCAAUCAGGUCUCAGCCGAAUGGCAAUGCCUGCGUGUAGAGCGCGUGUCGCCGUAUGU